AUGCUAUUCUGCGCCCCCUGGAGGAAGACUCUUUCUCUUCUCCUUCAGCCACAGGCGGAAUCCAGUACCCUCUCUGAGAUUUAUAAGCCUCCUAAUGGUCGGCUGACCAAGGAUGUGCUUCUUGGAGGGGGCGGCACCGGAGACGUCUACAAGGGUCGUCACCAUCGUAGAGGAGUGGUAGCGGUGAAGAUCGCCAACAUCAGCCGAGAUGAAGAGUCAGUCUGCAGGGAGCUGAAGUUUCUCCAGCAGUUCGGCGGCCACAAGAACAUCGCCUCUUACUAUGGAGCCUACUACAGGACUCCACUCACGGAGUGCUCAUCGGAGCUCUUGGAAAUUGUUCUUGAAUACUGUGGUGGCGGUUCUCUCCACAACCUCAUCAGCAAGACCAAUGGCCAAUCCCUGAAGGAGACCUGGAUUGGCUAUGUCUGCAAGGAGGUUUUAAAGGGGCUGCACCACAUCCACAAGAACCGGGCCGUUCAUAGAGAUAUCAAGAGCCUGAACAUCAUGCUCACAGAGACGGCCAAAGUCAAGAUCAUCGACUUUGGAAACAGCUGGGACCUGGACCCACAGACUGGAUUGUGCCAUGAAGCAGACGGGACUGCACACUGGAUGGCACCCGAGGCCAUAAGGCAGAAGGGCCAGCGCCUGGCAUACGACACCAAAGUAUGUUGUACUUAUAAUACUUGUAACAACACGGAGCAUUUACUUAUCAGUGUUAAUGGGACAUGGAAGCAGUAAUUUUCUCAUGGAGAGAAAGGAGUUUUUCCGAAAUGUUGGGUUUCUUAAAUUUUUGCACAAUGUGUCUGCUUUAAUAUAUUUACUCAUUUGCAUUGUGACGUUGGUGUUAUGUACUGUAACUGCUAUUGUUUGUAAUGGAGAUGUACUGCUGUAAACAUGUUUAUAUGUAAUAAAGCAUUUUUUCACUUUUACAUAUACCAUGAUAUGUUCAUUUACUAGGG